AACCUACACGACCUGAGAACAACAGGGAACGUCAUAAAAAAGGAACUACAUGCGAUGGGCCCCACCCUACAUGAACUCGAUGACGUCAUGCUUGAGUUCACACCGGAUACGGAAAGUGGCGACGAAGCCGACAUCGAGGGCGCCCUUGAAGAAAAACCAAGUACAGUCCAGCCGACAACCAAAGGCGGGAAGAAAGGAAGGAAAAAUGCAAAAGCAAAUGUGGGAGAAAACGGCGAAAAGCCACCGCCCAAAAAGCGAGGGCCGAAGAAAAAGAAGAUGACGAAAGCGAGGGUUCAGAAAUUUAAGGUGAGGAGGGUAAAAGCGAACACGAGAGAGCGUAAUCGCAUGCACGGACUGAAUGAUGCACUUGAUCUCCUGCGGAAGGUGGUUCCUUGUUAUUCGUCCACCCAAAAGCUCUCAAAAAUCGAGACUCUACGCCUCGCAAAGAAUUACAUCCAUGCUCUAGCUGACAUUCUCAGGACAGGUGUCGUUCCCGACAACAUCUCAUUCGCGCAGACAUUAUCACGUGGUCUGUCUCAGCCAACCACGAACCUCGUAGCUGGCGCCAUGCAGUUGAAUCCGCGUACGCUUCUCCCGGACGACCAGACAUCACCGUACAGUGCCUGGCCAAGCAGUGCCCCGAUGAACGGCAUGACCGAUAGCUAUGGCUAUGAUUUGUCGAACACGUCUUCUCAUCACAGAUUGGGCGAGAACAUGACCUCAACUGGUAUCUCAAAUGGCGGUCCCUCUUCCAUCCAUCAACUCUUUCUACCCUCUGACGGGUACUGCAGCUCGCCACCUGAUCUCUACCACCGACAGUACGACCCUUCAUCAGCCACCGCUCCGACCUCCUCCCCAAGCUCAACCUUCAGCUGCCAGUUCCAGCAAACCUCCCCACCGCCGCCAUCUUGCCUGACGUCGAGCGCCGAGAAAUUCUCGCAGCGCACCCUCGCGUUUCCACAUCACGACUCCCUCGCCUUUCCGACGGGGAAUCCGGUGUAUACACCUUACUCGGACAUCUCGGUUGGUGUGAAUGAUGUUACUAGCACUUCCAGUCUUUAUUCCAACACCGUGGGUGCUACACCUGAACACUAUGGUCUUAAUGCAGCGAUGGCGGACAAAGGUUACAGGAAUCUGGGACUUAUUGGGUGUAAUGGACAAGAUUUAUACCGCGGUUAACACAGGAUUAACACCGGUGCUACUCCCGACACCUCACCGGCGAACGAAAACACCAAACUGGAUGGGACUUAUAAUGAACUUGAUAAACGUGUUUCGAGACAUAUUGUAUUCUAGACAGACAUUCAAACGCUUCUUUAUUUUUACAAAUCAAAAUGUAGAACUGAUGGAAGUAGCAGAGAAAUCUUGAUAACGACAAUGCCUACACCGUAAACAAUAGGACAAAAUCGUUAUUCACUAGUGAUUAAUCGCAGUUUGACGAUGAAGAAAUCAUGUUUAUAGCAAAUGAUUAAUUGGUAGUUUAGUAAAUAGAAAAAAAGAGAUCAAGUGCUCUGCAUUGUUGCAUGGUGCAGAAAAUUAAGAGCCUUUAUCUUUCAUAGAAAAUCAAUCAACCAAACAACUAUGUAUAUAUAAUUUUGACAAGUGCAAUAUGUAAUGCAGCUCUAUUCCGUCGGAUACAAGAUUCAUGCCAUCCGUGUGCUUAAAUUACAAUUCAGUGUGCUAUUCACAAUAUUGGAAACAAUCUUGCCUUUUAAUCAUGAGUUGUGAUUGGCGACCAGUCUUCCCGAUUUUUGUAUCGAUAGCUCUUACGUCAUAUUUUGAAAGGCGGGAAAACUCAAAGGAACCAAAAGGCCGAUUUCUUGCAGGCGAUAUAUUUUUUAAUUGAUUCGGUGUCAGAUUUAGGAACCAUUUUGAUGUUUGCUACUGUAUUUAUUAAUUGUUUCAAUUGAAUGUUCUCCUUUGUCUUGGCAGCUGGGGCAUAAAUAUUUAUUUAAAUUUACUGGAUAACUUUUAAUUUUUUAAAACAUAUUCGUUGCCGCAAAAAAGUGUAAUGCUUCAGUCAUUUAAUAUUAGGCCUUGAAGAUGGUCUUUUUAUCUACAUUUUUCAAUACACUAUUUCGUAUAUUUGAAAGAAGAUUUGAUAUCAAAAUUCUAAUUCUAAUCCAGUGUAAUAUUUCAUUUACGUAUAGGUCUAGGAAAAAUAAAAAUGAUGUCCAUUUUAAUGUUUCCGUGUCUCUUAACGAAAUGAGAAAUCAAAUGACUACUUAGCCAAGAUACCACCGUUUAGAUUCCUUUAACACAAUUAAUAUCAAUUCCAGAACCCACAUAUUAUUCCUCCAAGUUACUUUCUUUACUAUGAAUUCCUCUACUAUGAUAUUGCAGUAUUUAUUGUGAUUACUUAGUUGAUGAUGUUGAUGUUAUUGUUUAUUUUCUUGCCAUAAGAUUGUGUUGAAUAAAAACUCCCGGCGUGAACAGGAGGUCGGUACACUUCGGACAAAAUUACAUUCCGUAUUAAAGAGUGCUUGUAUAAAAUG